AUGGAGACCAAAUACCGUCACCAGCACCUCCCGCGCCACCUUCAACGGAUACUCUUCUUCUUCUUCUUCUUCUUCUUCUUCUUGUCGAUCGCGCAAUUUUUCCAUAUUGUUCGUGGUGAUGUGGGCACUGCUGCUCGCUACAGCCCUCCUUAUUCGCGUAAGGAAAAUAUAACUUGGUAUUCUCUUUACAGCUUUACAAAUAUGACUAUUACUUUGGGAACGGAUGAAAUAGUUAAUAAUAUAUUUCACGACACUUUGAUUCAUUCAGCGACUACCUGUUACGGUAGAAACCCAUCUCAAUUCCCGGCGAGCAAUCUGUUCGCUGCGGCAGGGGAUGGGAUUUGGGACAACGGGGCGUCCUGCGGGAGGCAAUACCUGGUGAAAUGUAUCAGCGCCUCCAGUCCGGACAUUUGUGUGACUGGACAAGUUAUUCAGGUAAUAAUUGUGGAUUAUGCUCCCCAGUUACCUUCCCAGCCAUCUGCAACUGGAAAGACCAUGGUUUUAUCGGAUUCAGCAUUUGGGGCCAUUACCAAUUCAGAUAUCGACUCCAUCAGCAUUGAGUUUCUACAGGUAUGA